UCUUGUUUUUAAACUAAUUAUAACUAGCUAUUUUCUUCAUCUAAAUGUUCAUCAUGAUCACCAUCGAGCAGCUGGCCCAUGUAUAUAAAUACAUUUAUUAGCCUCUCUUUCUCUUCAUCAACAAAUUAAUAUUCACUUCACAGAACUGCAGAAGCUCUCUCUCUCUCUCUCUCUCUCUCUCUCUCUCUCUCUCUCUCUCUCUCUCUCUUACACACACAGAAGCUAGGGUUCCCCGGAUCCAACUAAUACAUACAUCUUCAAUAUUUCCUCCUUUUUUUACGUACGUCUGCAUUUAUCAUCCUUGAGUAUUUCCUUUCCUGAUCUCUUACAAGUUCUCUUCCUAGAGCAAAGAAGGCAGCUGAAGCAACACAUUUUAUAGAUUUCCUCUGCGUCUAGAAGAUCAUUAGUAAUGGAGAUGGAAUCUUGUGUUCCACCAGGCUUCAGAUUUCACCCGACAGAAGAAGAACUUGUGGGUUACUACCUGAAAAGAAAGAUCAACUCACUACAUAUUGAUCUAGAUGUCAUCGUUGACAUUGACCUAUACAAAAUCGAACCAUGGGACAUACAAGCGAGAUGCAGGUUAGGUUACAGUGAACAGAACGAGUGGUACUUCUUCAGUCACAAAGACAAGAAGUACCCGACCGGAACGCGAACAAAUAGAGCCACAGUUGCUGGAUUCUGGAAGGCAACAGGAAGAGACAAGGCAGUGCUUUCAAAGGACAACAUUAUAGGAAUGAGGAAGACCCUGGUGUUCUACAAGGGACGGGCACCUAACGGCAACAAAACCGACUGGAUCAUGCAUGAAUAUCGACUCCAAACUUCUGAACAUGCACCCCCUCAGGAAGAAGGAUGGGUUGUAUGCCGGGCAUUCAAGAAGCCAAGUCCCAGUCACAGGCAAGGUUUUGAAGCAUGGAAGCAUGCCUAUGUCAGAGAUCAUCCUUCAUCUUCAAACUUCUCGAGCGAAAUUCCUAUGCUGAUCAACCCCAAUCAAGGUUUUCAUCAAUCUUUUGGUUCAGAGGAAGAUCAUUUCGUUUCGAACAACAUUUUCUUGGGUAACCAACUCAUGGAACUUCCUCAACUAGAAAGCCCAACCAUUUCAACAAGCUUUGUCACCAAAGAACAUGUAUUGCGUAGCAACAAUAUAAGCACUGACGACUAUGAGGCGGAAAGGAGCAACAAUAAUAGCAGCAAUCAACACAUAGAUUGGAGAAAUUUGGACAACUUACUCGAAGUGCAAUUGACUGAUCGGGCAUCCUUUUCUCAUCCAAGUUUGUCGUCGGCACCUCAAAAUUAUGAGCAAGAAACUCAGAACAAUCAUCUUCUUGGAUGCUUCCGAGACUUGUGACAGCAGAAGAUCCAUAUAUAUGGUUUCAAUGAUUUAUUCUUGUUAUGCUUAUGGCUCUUAAAAAAGAAAAGAAAAAGAAAUAAUAGUCCAGUCCAUAUAAUUUGGUUACGCCCAUGCUCAGUAGCCUGGUUACGGAUGUUGGGCUGAGAGGCUCUGAUGCCAAGAAACUAACUUUUUAAAUGACAACUUAUUUUAUGAAUAUUUUCGAUAUCAA